CUCAGAAAACAAAGUAGAAGAAGAAGAAGAAGAAAGAAAAGGAAUAAAAAGACAGCGAAGUCUUCUUUCGUCCACGUUCCUUUUUUUUAGGAGAGAGAGAGAGGAGAGAGGAGAGAGAGAGAGAAAUGUCGGACGAGGAGCACCAUUUCGACGCGAAGGCGGACGCGGGAGCGUCGAAGACGUACCCUCAGCAAGCUGGCGCCAUUCGCAAGAAUGGCUACAUCGUCAUCAAGUCCAGGCCUUGCAAGGUUGUUGAAGUUUCCACCUCAAAAACUGGAAAGCAUGGUCAUGCGAAGUGCCACUUUGUGGGAAUUGAUAUAUUCAAUGGGAAAAAACUUGAAGAUAUUGUUCCUUCAUCCCACAACUGUGAUGUUCCUCAUGUCAAUCGUACCGACUAUCAGCUGAUUGAUAUCUCCGAAGAUGGUUUUGUGAGUCUUCUAACUGAGAAUGGAAACACCAAGGAUGAUCUGAGGCUUCCCACCGAUGACAGUCUGCUUAGCCAGAUUAAAGACGGGUUUGCCGAAGGAAAGGAACUUGUGGUGUCAGUCAUGUCUGCAAUGGGAGAGGAGCAGAUCUGUUCCGUCAAGGAAAUUGGUCCUAAGAAUUAAAUAUGAUGCUUUAGCACUAGCUAUUGCUGAUGAGGAAACAAACCUUUUUUUUUUUUUUUAAACCUUUCUCUUUAAUGUUGCUAACAGAAAGGUUUAUCAGCCAUAUAUGAUAAGAAGUGUUUGUGUGCAAUAAACCUUGGUCUAGCUGUAUAAUUCACAGGCUUGUUAUAAUAGUACGCCUGGGAAGGAAUUUGUUGGGGCUUGUUGUGAUCCCUUACCAAGGGAACUUUACAUUUUCAAGGAUAAAUACAUAAACUUUCCCUUUGGACUCUUGUCCAAGGUUUACAUUU